CGACCAGGUGACUCUACAUCCGUCCUUUGUUCAGCUGCCUGUGAACCACCUCCAGUCAUUGCUAGACAGGGAUGAUCUAAUGACCAACUCAGAAGACAACGUUGUGCAAGCUGCUCUAAGAUGGGUCGACUUCAACCAAGAAGAGCGUAGUAUGGAGCACCUUUCUACCCUUUGCAAAUCAUUGCGCCAGUCCCUUAUCAGCACAAUACUGUGUGCUGAAAUUGAGAGUAAAUUAGUAUCAACAGACAGAAAGAUAGUUUACAGUGACAACACAACCCAGCGGCAGGGACAGGUGCGAACUGAACUGCAGGUUUUCAUAAGAGAAGGUUUCUCGGACUCCUCGGAGCAUUUUUCUGAUGAUGAGUGUUCUGCUCCUUGCUAUGACCCUUCCACAGGUCGACUGUAUGCAAUGAAUAUGCCUGAGAACCUGAACACCGUCACUAAAUCUGUGACAGUAACUACUGAUGAUGAGUUGUACCUGGCAGGUGACAUUACAGAAACUGGCAUGAAGGACGGACAGAAGAAAUUUUACCAGUACAACCACCUCCUGAACACCUGGGAACCAAGGUGUGAGAUGAUUACACCCAGAGCCAGCUGUGGUCUGGUGUAUCUGAAGGGGUACAUCUAUGCCAUUGGUGGUGAUGACACCAAGGAAACAGCGGAGAGGUACGACCCAAGUUGUGACGAGUGGACGUCCAUACCACCCCUCCCUCACCCCAUAUCCUCGAAAUUCUGUGCUGUGACUCUCAAUGACAGCAUCUAUGUCAUAAGUAAUUUCGAAGGCUGCUACAGCUUCAGUACCACAGAGAACAAGUGGAGCAAAAUAGCGGACAUGCUUUAUCCAACAGAGCAUCCUCAGGCUGUCACCUAUCAGGGGUGCAUCUACUGUAUAGAAUGCAAUGGAAAAUGUGGAGACUCGAGUUGUGUAGAGAUGUACAACCCUACAACAGAUGAGUGGAAGAUGACAGGAAAGUACUUUUAUUUCUUUGACACAGCAACCCUGAUGACGUAUGAUGCUAAGACCAUGUACCUCCUCACCAUACACAGUAGCGAUGACCCAGAAUUUGAUACUGAUAGGGAUGGGGGCUGCACUACGCUUAACAUUUGCCAGUACCAGCCAAAGACAGACUCUUGGCGGUCUCUAAAAGAAACCCAGCCAGUACCUCCCUUGGCACGGUGGCUGAAUACUGCGUGUAGAACCAAGUGCCUGACAGUAAGGAUGAUCCCAAUGUGCCUUGGGGAUCCAAAGGCAUACGAGAUGGAUUAUUGUUGUGUGGGAGGGUAUAGCGACGAUAGUUUCCCAGACAACAGUGACAGUGAUGACCCAUCGGACCAAGAGGACAGUGAUGAGGACAAUUCUGUUGAAGACGGACAGAGUGAAACUGAUGAUGGGGACAUAUGAGAUGGUGGAACAUCAUGGAAGAUUUUUCUUAAACUGACUGAGUCACUUCAGUCACGACUGAAGUCAUGUAGAAGUUUUUGAAACACUUUCUCAUUGCUAUAAGAUAAAGAGCUACACUAACAUGUUUCCAAAGUUGCCAAUAAAUACUGGCCAGUUGUGAAAUGCCUUUGAUACUGAUCCCCCUAGAUGUGGAUGGUUGUUGUUAACUAUAUCUACUUUUAUAGUGUAAACCCUGUAUUAAACAUUAUAUGAUGUUU